AUUGGUUCUUGGUCCCGUCUGGGAGGAGGGGCUUCCAGGGCUGGACCGGGAGAGGUGGGCAGCGCUGCAGCCCCAGCUCAGCUGUGUCGUGUGCGCCUGUGCCGCACCACCGACCGGGUCGAUCGGGCUGCGCGGUGGCGGAUUCCAUAGGCCGGGACGGCGCAGCGAGAGAGAGCCGGUGCUGUGUUUAGUGUUCUGUGGGAGAGGUGGGGCUCUGUUGAGCUCUCACAUCAGUGUAUGGGUGUGAAGUAGCGGUGCUGUGGUAUACUGUAGAAAGUCAUGAGGCUGCUAGUGGUGGCCCUAGCUGUGGCCUUGUGCUCCGUCGCGGCGACCAGCAAGGAGAAGAAAAGUUACGACGGAGAUUUCCUCUUUGAUGAGGAGGACGAUUGGAAAGAGAAGAAAGAGAAGCCUAUAGUAAAAACAUGGAUAUGGGACCCGGAAAGCGGCCUGUGUUCUGCGCUGGCGUGCCGAUCCAACGAGAUGUGUCUACUGGAGGAUGCUUUUACCGCAGUCUGCGUGAGCCGAACCGAGCUGAAAACCAACGGAGACCGCAUCAUCAGCCGACAGCUGGCUGAGGACGAGAACCUCAUCAAGUCCGAACCCUGGUCGGAUGAGGAGGAUACCCUCAUUGACGAAGACGAGGACGAAGAGGAUGAAAUCAACCUCGAUGAAGAGGAUGAUGGAGAGGAGUAUGAUGAGUAUGACUAUGAUGAUGAGGAUGAGGAGGAAAUGGAGGGGGAUGAGGAGGAAGAUGAUGAUGAAGAGGCGGAUCGGAGGAUGAACGAAGAGGAGAAGAAGGAGAAGGAGUGCCACGAGUGUCCGUACACCCACCCCAGCGUCUCCGCCUACAUCUGUGGUACGGACAACCGUACCUACAGCUCCCUGUGCCGUCUGGAGCAGCACAACUGCAUCCACGACACGCUGGUUACCGCCAACUGCAAGGGCUUCUGUCCCUGCAAAGAGACGACGUCCAACCAGCGGCGAAAGCAGAAACUGUUCGAGACGGCCUCCCAGUCCAAGCAGAAAUAUGGCUCUUCGAAGAAAUCGUCAAAGGCUAGGCUGCGGAGCAAGUACGACAAGUACCAGAAGGAGCACAAGUCCUACAACAAUGUCAAGUACUACACCAAGGGCGGUGACCGGGUGAACAAGUACCAACAGAAGUGUUCCCGAUCCGAGCUCGAUGCGAUGGGCGCCCGCCUGGCCGACUGGUUUGUUGUCAUCAAAUCCACCAACGGAGGAGUCAAACCCAACUACAAGCACCACAAGUACUACAGCACGCACUUCCCCUCUGCGUGCCGCCCCAUGGCUCAGUGGAUGUUCUUGUACUUGGACACCGACUCUGAUGGUCAGCUGACGCAGAGAGAGCUGUAUGCUGUGGAGAGGGACGAACAUGAGCCCUGUCUGAAGCCGUUCCUGGACAGUUGCGACCUCAACAGCGACAUCUUCCUCACGACCAGAGAGUGGUGUACGUGCUUCCAGGCUGUACCGGCGCCCUGUAACGACCGUCAACGGGAGAACGCCGCCAGACUCGGAGCCUACACCCCGGCCUGCGACGAGGACGGCUUCUUCCGCCCGACCCAGUGCCACGGCUCGCAGUGCUGGUGUGCGGACAGAUACGGUGUUGAACAGAAGGGAACCCGCACGCGGCGCGGCAACACCAGAUGCGAUGGCGAGACCUCUCGCUAUGACGCCGAUUUCAACAUCGCCGACGAAGACGAUGAGGACAAUUACGUCGUGGAGGGCAGCGGCAGCGGACCUCUGCUCGAGUUCUAGAUGGCGCUGACGACGCCCACACCGGCCCAACGCCAUCUAGCGUGGCGUUUUCAGUGGUACAGGUGGCGCUAUCGGCGAUAUAGGUGGCGCUGUAACCAGAAAAAGGUGGCGCUGUCGUUGGUAUAGAUGGCGCUAUCGCCGGUAUAGAGGGCGCCACGCGUGAAUCGCCAUCUUUGUCCAGUGGCGCCACCUGUGCUAUGCGCCGCCCUUCUCUCCCGGCAGCUAAUUGGGCUCUGUUAGCGGUCACAUGACCCCGCCCUCUGCAUUCCCUUAUAAUUGGGGAGGCUUAGUUUGAGUUUUAGCGAGAACAGAACGAUAAGCAGCUGAUCCAAAGGGUCCUCUCUUUCUACGGAGUGAUGGUAACGUCUAUAAGGGUCGGAUGGCGUUCAUUAAACAUUCCAAAUCAUUUGUGACAGCAUGUCACAUUCCUUAGACUGCUUCCCCAUUUUACCUCUCCCUCUUUCCUAGCCUGUGCUGUUCUUCGUCCGUUUCUUCACCUUCCUCCCUCCCUCCAAUUGGUUCUUUUUUGCUAUUUUCAUUCCUUCGGUGGUGAACUUGCGGCAGCUAACUACUUGCUGUGCAUAAUGUUUUGCGCGAUGUGUAUCGUAGUACCCUUGCGAUUACGUGCAGUCAAGAACACUUCUUAACUCAAUGUGCUACACAUUCCAUUAUUUCACCGUCCAUUUGUGCUUUUAGUUCGCCUCAGUUAUGACGUCAUAUUGUGACGUCACAGUGUACGGACCGCCGUCGGUGUUUGGCGUCGAAAUGGUCUUGCAGGUGUCUCAAACGCUCUCUCACCUUUUCGGCCGCAUGUGUGAGGUCACUGUGUGUCGCGCGUAUGACGUCACUUUUAGCCGCGUGUGACGUCACCGCUUGUGAUGACGUAACCAGGUGUUUCCGAAAGCACCAGUAGUGUUGGCAAGCAAUGCAGUGUACGUUUUUGAAACUGAAAAAUCUUUGCGAAAUCGCUUUUUGAUGCUUUGCUUUUGUUUGAUUUUUGUAUUAAUUGCGCAACAAUUGAAAACCGUAAGCGGUGAUAAUAUGUUACUAAAGUGACGUGAAAUAUGCUUUCACCUUAAAGUUCUAACAGCCUUUCAGUCAAAACUCUAGGCUAUCUGAAUGUGCUUGCGUCCUCAGUUUAAGGCUAAACCGAGCCAGAAGCUGCUCAUUUGCGACUUGAUGUAAGCUAACGUCAAAUAAUUGGCGAAUCCGAAUGUGCGUUUGGAUGCUCUAGAACGUAGCAAUCAGAACACAGUAGAUACACGCAGAGUUAUCUGUUCGGUGUCUACCGCUUCGCAGAGUCGUGGCGCGGCCCCGGAACGUCGUGCUCCAGCCAUCCGCGGGCUGGUAGAUCGCUCUACUUAACCACGAGUCGGUAGACUCGUUUCGAUUCCGUGCCAUUGUAUAAUAUACUACUAACUGAC